AUGGUUUGGAGCCAAUCGCAAGUUCAACCAUGUCGAUACAAAACCGGCAAGACAUUGGGAUCGGGAUCGUAUAGUGUGGUCAAGGAAUGUGUGCAUAUCGACACUGGUCGCUACUUCGCUGCGAAGGUCAUCAACAAGCGUCUGAUGGCCGGGCGCGAGCACAUGGUGCGCAAUGAGAUUGCCGUACUCAAACGAGUCUCGAUGGGUCACCAGAACAUUUUGACGUUGGUCGAUUACUUCGAAACUAUGAAUAAUCUCUACCUCGUUACCGACCUCGCUCUCGGUGGAGAGCUUUUCGAUCGCAUCUGUCGCAAAGGGUCGUACUACGAAUCAGACGCCGCCGAUCUCAUCCGAGCGACCUUAUCCGCUGUAGCCUAUCUCCACGACCAUGGCAUCGUUCAUCGGGAUCUCAAACCCGAGAAUCUUCUCUUCCGCACUCCCGAGGACAAUGCAGACCUACUCAUCGCCGACUUUGGUCUUUCACGAAUCAUGGAUGAAGAGCAGUUUCACGUCUUGACUACAACAUGUGGAACACCCGGUUACAUGGCGCCCGAGAUCUUCAAGAAGAGCGGCCAUGGCAAGCCUGUCGAUGUCUGGGCCAUUGGUGUCAUCACAUACUUCCUCCUUUGCGGCUACACCCCGUUCGACCGCGACUCCAACUUGGAAGAGAUGCAGGCGAUUUUGGUGGCAGAUUACAGCUUCACACCCUUGGAAUACUGGCGUGGAGUCAGCUUGACCGCGCGACAGUUCAUCAAACGCUGUCUGACUAUCGAUCCGACGAAACGAAUGACGGCACACGAGGCUCUGUCCCACACAUGGAUCAUCGGCCCUGAAAGUGGUCGCGGCGAGGAGGAUCUUCUACCAACAGUCAAGAAGAACUUCAACGCCCGACGAACGCUACACAAAGCUAUCGAUACUGUUCGCGCCAUCAACCAGCUUCGAGCAGGUGGCAUGGGAAUGAUGGACGGCGCCCAAGCGAAUGCGCCAGACCACUUCCCGCCUCCCAAGGAAGAGGACGUGGAUAUGAAAGAUGCCACUACAUACGAUUCAGCCUAUGCUUCAGGUAGCAGUGGCGGAAAGGUUGCGCAGCAACAGAAGCCCGCAGCAGGACUCUGGUCAGCUCGGACGUAA